AUGCCAGACCUUUCAAUCCUUAAAACUCCCGGUCCAUACCACAUCAUAACUUAUGGAACCCUUCUCGGAACUCAGUUCUUUCAAUCUUUUGUCAAUGGAAUCGUAGCCUACAAAUCUCUUCCACGCCCUCAAUUUUCCGUCCUCCAACAAAACCUCUUCCCAAUCUACUUCGGUAUUCAAACUGCGCUUCCAGCCGUGCUAGCAAUUACUUAUCCAGGCUCGCGCACACACUUGGGGACUGUAUCAGGAAUUUCAGGGACCCUGGCCGAGUUUAAUAGAUGGAGUGUUAUGGUGCCAUUGGCUACGAUGUUUGUGACGGGAUUGGCGAAUUUGGUGGUUAUUGGACCGGCGACUACAAGGAUUAUGAAGGAGAGGAAACAUCAAGAAACGAAAGACGGAAAGAAGUCUUAUGAUGCAGCGCCGCAUUCAAGAGAAAUGCAGAGGUUAAACAAGGCAUUCGGAAAAAUGCAUGGGGCUUCCUCAUUGGUGAAUUUGGUAUCUUUCCUUGCUACGAUUUGGUAUGGUGCUAGUCUUGCCGAGAGAUUGCAAUAG